AUGGAGAAUCAAAGAGCAAGUCUGACUUAUGACCUUCAUCAAAAGUGGCCAACGCCUCAUGCUAAGCAGGCUUUGGUCUCCUGGUCUCGAACCAAAACUCUUGUGAAGGCUGGGUUCAUCACGAUUGAUGGUGAAUCCCUAGAUAUCGCUUCGGUUGUGGCCCUCUCAAGACAUGGCUGUUAUAUGGUCCUUAAGAACGACACUGCUAUCUGCGACCGAAUAGAUGCUAGUGUAGAGACACUGCAAGGUUACCUCGCGAAAGGCUACUACCUUUACGGUGUAAAUACUGGGUUUGGUGGAAGUGCCGAAACUCGUACUAAAGAUGUACUUGGGCUUCAAAGAUCUCUAAUGCAGCAUACUCAGAGUGCCAUUCUUUGUAUCGAAGACAAGAAGGAUACUCCAAGCACCCACGAGUACCUCGAAUCUCAUGCCAUGCCUACGUCCUGGGCUAGAGCAACGAUCCUGCUCCGCUGCAAUGCUAAUAUACGUGGUCACUCCGCCAUGACCCAUCGUGUUGUUGACGCAAUGCUUCGACUUAUCAAACACGAUAUUAUACCCGUUAUACCACUCCGCGGGUCUAUCUCAGCUUCUGGUGAUUUGAUGCCACUUUCAUACGUCAGCGGCGCUCUUCAGGGGAACCCAGAUGUGUAUGUUCGUGUGGGUGGCAAAUGGGGCUCCCCAAAGAUCAAGACGGCGUGCCAGGCAUUGAAAGAUGCAUCUAUUGAGCCAGUAAUUCUCGGCCCUAAGGAAGGUCUUUCACUCAUAAAUGGAACAGCUGCCUCAGCCGCCGUUGCAAGCCUCGCUCUCUACGAGGCAAACCAGCUGGCUGUUGUUUCACAAUUUCUCACGGCUUUAACCUCUGAAGCUCUAUACGCUAAUGAUGAGUGGGCGCAUCCAUUCAUUGCGGCCGUGAGACCUCACCCGGGGCAAAUUGAAGCUGCCCAGAAUAUCCGCACGAUCCUUCAGGGUUCAAGACUCAGUUACGGCUUGGAGCAAACGAAAGACCGCUUUAAAGCUGGUCUGGCUCAGGAACGAUAUGCUUUACGGAGUUCACCCCAAUGGCUUGCACCCCAACUAGAGGACUUGCUCAGUGCUGAGCGUCAACUCAUGACUGAGCUUAAUUCGACAUCAGACAACCCAGUGGUGAAUGUCGCUGAUAACGACAUACACUGUGGCGCCAACUUUCAGGCAGCCUCCGUCACUUCCGCCAUGGAAAAGACUCGCCUCGCCUUGCAAUCUAUCGGCAAAAUGCUCUUCAGCCAAACGAGCGAGAUGAUCAAUCAUGAUCUGAGUAACGGACUUCCGCCUAACUUAGCCGCUGAUGAUCCGAGUCUAUCUUUCUGCUUGAAAGGCAUCGAUGUCAACACGGCGGCUUACAUGUCAGAGUUAGCCUUCAUCGCGAACCCUGUGAGUAACCACGUACAGUCUACUGAGAUGCAUAACCAAGCGAUAAACUCCCUGGGCCUUCUCUCGGCUAGACAGACCAUGACCGCUGUAGAAUUGCUUUCAAUGAUUGUCGCCAACUGUCUUUACACAGGUUGCCAGGGUGUUGAUCUCCGAACUAUGCACAGGACCUUCCUGGUCGAAUUUCAAGGCUCAGCGAGGAGGUUUAUUGGCUCUUUGAAAAGUGAGAGAUCCAUGCCGCCAGAACUAUUUGAUAGUUUCUGGAAGCUAUUUGAAGAAACUUGGUAUAAAUCCGUGGCCUUGGACAUUAUUGAGCGCUGCGACAAAGCUUCCGAGUCGUUCAUGAUUGCUAUUACCCACAACUCUGACUUCACUGGUCAUCUCACUGUUGCAGAAGUGGUAGCUUGUCAGAAGUCCUUGAGUGCCCUUGCGUUAGAUAUCUACCAAACUCAUCGAGAGGGCUUUUUCGAGAACCAGACCACACCCGACUAUCUUGGUCAAGGCACUAAAGUGUUGUAUACUUUCGUCCGAGAGCACCUUGGCGUGCCAUUGCAUCGCGGCCUAGUGGAACAUCCCCUUGCAGACGACCCAAGCGGCAACGUGAUUGAUGGUCGACCGAAAAGAACCAUCGGCUCAUGGGUGUCAUUAAUUUACGAAGCAGUUCGCGAUGGAUCUUUGUACGGUGCGAUGUUUCAUUAUUUGGAAACAACCGGCAUGUUAGAAGCUGAAGGGGAAUGUCACUAGAGCUAUGUGAGAUGACCUAAUACCCCAUAUUCUCACGAUUCUAAGACUUGUUGAUUGGGAUAAAUGAUUUUACAGAUUUAUGCAGUAAUUGAAUGAACUUUUUGGAAUUCAGAGAUAAAUCAAAAGAGAAA